GCAACUUUUGUCCUUGCAAAAAUCGCGUUUCCCUGUAAUCGGGGUUUUCUGCCGCUCUGGGCGCUUGGCGAGCAGCCACUAAGCAAAGAUGGGGUUCGCCGAGGACAAGGUGAAGAAAUUCAUUCAGCAGAACUAUCAUCUGUUCCACGACGUACCUUUGAACCAGCUGCUGGAUUUUCUACCGUGCCUCACUUCGGCAGACAGGCAAGAGAUCAGGUGUCACACGGACAGGCGUGGGAACGUUUCGUCUGUGAGCGAAUUCUUCGACCACUUGUGGGGCAGGAGCGGUUGGGUGACGCAGCUGAUCGAUGCUCUCGAGAAGAACAACUCUGGCCUGGCCGAGGUCAUCCGAGAAGUUUACGAGGACGCGCUACUCCCCUCUCAAAGGGCCUCCACAGCAAGAUCUCCCCCAUCUGUUGCACAAUCUCGGUCAGUUUCUGUUCCCGUGGGCUUCGGCGCACCCUCUUCUGAUGGCACCCCACUUUCUCCUCCACGUAACCAGCCAAGACCAACCAGCAACCCACUCCCCACAUGUGUAAAUGCCUUGGCACCUGCACCCUCAGCACCCCUCCCAGAUGUCGUGGAUUACAGGUCUCCAGUUCAAGAAACCAAGUUUCCAUCCUGGAGUGGCGAGACCCUCCCACUUUCCGAUCCCACUGAGACAACAGCAGCCAGCUGCUUUGAGCAAGGCUUAGAAGAAAAGGCUUGCGGGGAUGACGUAAAGCGGACGAUUUCCACUCCGGACCAACAUAAUAGAAAUGCAGCAGAAUCCAAUGCCGACUUAACGGCUCAGCAUGAGAAUCCGGCCAGCGGCCAGGCUGCACCUCCCAGAUCUCCGGUUCAACACCAGACGCCUCUCCGAGAGGUGUCCGAGAAGGAAGUGCAGAGCUCCACGCCCAUAUCCUCAAGUUCUGGUGCAGGUAAUUUGGUACGGAACUGGGACGGUUUCCAGCCACGUCCCGUCUGUGUGAAAAACGGCUAUUUUGGAAACAUGAGUCGAUCAGUUGACAGCGGCGUAUCUCCGGCCCCAGAACUGGCUGUCUCUUCUGCCCCUACGGCUCCUGGAAAUCAGCCCGAGGAGAAUUCCUAUUUGUCUUCUGACAGCUCCCCGUUGACUCCGAGAGGUCAAGAUGGGGCACGGGCUGAAGAACAGAAGAUCCCACCCUUGUGGGGAUCCCGCCAACAAGAAGAUCUGUUAGAUAAUCCAGCCGACAAACCCUUCCUUCAGUUGCAACUUGAUGAGGAGCAGAAAGGUGCUCAGGGUCAGCAGGACAGUACCGGUAACGUCAAUGCUGCUCCCUUGCUCCAGCAGGAAGGUGAUAGACACAGCUGGCAGGUUAACAGCAGGAGAGUGGAUUUUAGGGUUAUGUCCAACGAUGCUAUCCCGACAGGCAGUAUACCUGCAAAUUUGCAGAGAAGAGGCAAGACUCUCACGCCUUCUAUUCCCAGUGAAACAGCAACGGCCAACUGCUCUGAGCAAGACUCUUCAUCAGUGUGUUUAGAAGAAGACUCUCUUGAUCACAGUCAGUGUUGUGAAGCUACUCCUGGUGGUAGUCAGUUCUCUGAAGGCAGUCUGACCGUUUCCAAGGGAAAUACUGUUGACCUAGAAACAAGGGGACCCUUUGUUCCAGAAACUCCCCGAACAGCUUCCUCCCUUGGCCAGUCUCUGCCGAAGAGUAGUCCGCUUCCCCAGAGGUCGUCGAGGACGGAGCACUUUGGUCAAGUUCCCAGCGCUGUUCCUGUGGCCCGGUUUCCGUCUCCGCCUUCAGACUUCAGCGGUUCUUCCUCCACCGACGUGAUCCCCCCCAGCUCUCCCGCAGCCAUCUCAGUCACUCUGAGCGACAUGUAUCUCGAGGAACUUAACCCCCCCGUUCAGGAGAGAAAUCUGCGGGGGACUGGUCUGUGUGCCACCUCUGAGAAGGUGACGGGGGAUGUUCCUCCGAGAGCAAAUGUAGUCUGGCCCUCCUAUGCCGCGGAUAUUCCUGCAAAUUCAAGAGAGAAUAGAAAUAAUGCCACCGGCCCUUCCAGGGGCGCUCAGCUCUUCCACAGUAACCGUGAAGAGGAAGACGUCUCCCUGUUGAAGCCUGGUGCUCUGCGUUCAGAGGAAAUCACAGGGGGACCUCUCGACCAGCAUUCAAGCGACCGCAGUGCAGAAUAUUCGGGAACGUCGGAUCGGCUUCGUUACAGCGACGGAUCGUCGGAAGUAAGCGACCCCUUGAUGCUGAGCAAUUCCACUCAGGGUAGUCGCACCGAAUAUUCCGAAAGAAAUACGCCGAUGGGAACCAACAGAGCUUCUCUUCGCCGCCGCAAUGACAACCACUCCGAUGGGGGCUCCGUCAGAACCCACACGGUUCGCGUAGAGGAGCCCCCCAGCGUCGAUCUCACCGGAGCACCUGAGAUUACUCGUCCGGCUCACAGGCACACUAGCCAGCCUCCAGGUGACUUUUCGGACUCUGCUGCUGGGGAUCAGCUGACCGAAAAUGGCAGCUCCUGCUCUGUUCGGAGUGAUGGUCCACGAAAUUCCCGUCCGAACGAGAGUGUCACUGAUGCAGGGUCAUGGCACAUGAGUGAUUCUAUGCGGCUUGCAGUUGGGUUCACCCUCGCUUCUCUGGCGGUCGUGGCUUUUGUGUUGUAUAAACAGCUGAAGAAAUAGGAGCUGGUGGGUGAGGGAUGGAGGCGGCUAGAGAAUGCGGCUUCUGGCCCAGCUGAGAGAGAGAAAUCGAGGCUCAGUCUGGCGUGCGCUAUAAAAUCUUACCUUCCUGGCCAGUGCAAAGCUUUGCGGAGGGGACAAUAACCAAACAGUGCUUGUUUCCUUGAAUACACUUCCUCCAAAGACAGGGGGUGGUUCCGACACCUUGCCCGUUGCCUUUCUGCUUAGAUCCACCCUUGAAGAUCGUGUCAAGACUCCUGAUUGUGACAGUGGUAUUUGAUACCUGAUAGGUUGCGCCACGUUUGAUCAAAUCUUUCAGUAGACGAGUUUUUUUGCAGAUAGUGGCCCUUUUUCUCUCGUGGAAGGUGCCACCAUUCAGGGAACGGGUCCGUGGGAUCCAACCCAACGUGUUGCUUCUGGGCAAAUUGCACAGAAAUCACUUUUGCCAUUCGUGGCGGAGCUUGACUGCCUUCCGUGGUAAAUUCAGAGACACGAUCUGAUUUUCAAAUGCUGGGUAGGCUAGCUUCAUAGAGCCACUGGGUUUC